AUGGCCACCUGCAUGAAGGCCAUGACCAAGGUGGGCGCUGAACUGUCCAAUGAGGAGCACAACCUGCUCUCCACGGCCUACAAGAACGUGGUCAGGUGUCGCAGGUCCGCAUGGAGGGUCAUCUCAAGGAUGGAGCAGAAGACCAACACCUCUGACAAUAAGUUGCAGCUGAUUAAGGACUAUUGGGAGAAAGUGGAAUCUGAGCUGAGAUCCAUCUGCACCACAGUCAUGGAAUUGUUGGAUAAAUAUUUAAUAGCCAAUGCAACUAAUCCAGAGAGUAAGGUCUUCUAUCUGAAAAUGAAGGGUGAUUACUUCUGGUACCUUGCUGAAGUUGUAUGUGGUGAUGACCGAAAACAAACGAUAGAUAAUUCCCAAGGAGCUUACCAAGAGGCAUUUGAUAGAAGCAAGAAAGAGAUGCAACCCACACACCCAAAUCACCUGGGGCUUGCUCUUAACUUCCCUGUAUUUUACAUUGAGAUUCUUAAUAACCCAGAGAUUGCCUGCAUGCUGGCUAAAGUGGCUUUUGAUAAGGCCAUAGCUGAACUUGAUGACUCAUCUUCACUGAAUGAAGACUCAUACAAAGACAGCAAGCACCCCCAUCAUGCAGUUGCUUAGAGACAACCUAACGCACACUUUGGACAUCAAACAGCGCAGGAGAAGAAUGCGAUGCGGCAGAAGGGGCUGAAAACUAAAUCCAUAUAGGGUGUCAUCCUUUCCUUCAAGAAACUUUUUUACACAUCUCCAUUCCUUAUUCCACUUGGAUUUCCAAUAGCAAAGAAACCCAUUCAUGUGUAUGAAAUCAUCUGUUUAUAGUCUUUUCACACUGAAGCUUUGGGAAAACUUCAUUCCUUGAUUCAUGUUUGUCUUGGCCUUCCUGGUGUGCAGUUACUGCUGUAGAAAAGUAUUAAUAGCUUCAUUUCAUAUAAACAUAAGUAAGUUCCAAACACUUAUGUAGAGGACUAAAAAUGUAUCUGGUAUUUACGUAAUCUGAACCAGUUCUGCAAGUGACUGUGUUUUGUAUUACUGUGACGAUAUGAAAAUGUAGUUAAUUACCAUUUAAAGAUUGUUCCACAUAACUUCUUAAUUUCUGCAUUCCCUCCCUUACUCUUCAGGGGUUUCCUUUCAAUAAGCAACUUUUCCAUGAUCUUAAUGUAUUCCUUUUUAGUAGGAAUCCGUAAGUAUUAGAUUGAAUGGAAAAGUAUUUGCCAUCUCUGGCUAGGAGUCACAAAGUUAAAUGCCUCCUGUAUCACAUAAGGGGGUCAUGUAUAUAUGUGGCAUCAGGGAGUUUCCUUAUUCACUCUAUUUGCUGCUGUUUAAGUUGACAAUCUUCCUUCCCAAUAAAAAUUCACUUAUACCUC